CUGAAGGAUAUCAAGCUGGCCGAGAGAAUUCGGUAAAGAUUGGUUCCCCCUGGCAAAUGCCAACAAAGAACUACAUUCCAGUCAUGACCAGUCCGGACGUGGCGAUACUCGGUUGAUCAUGCCUCCGUAACAACCUGAACGACGGCAUUCUUUUGGGGGCGUCAACUAGGGGAUCUCUGCACAAAGAAAGUAAACAAUCACUGGAAUGAGGAGCAUGUUCACCCGGUGCGGCCAUCCCUCGUGCCACUUUCCUCGUGUGCUGGUAUAAGAGCUGUGCUUCUUCUGGUCCCUGAAAGUUCAAAUUUACAUCAAGACUAGCCAUCCGUUUGUUGUUACUCACCUUCACUGGAAGAACCACCAUCCUUCAGUACUGAGCUGCAUCUCCCUACACAGGCAACCCUCUCCAUCCUUUCCAUCAGUUCAAACCUCAGCCCACGAUAGCAAACAUGCUCGCCUUGAACAUGAUCCUCGCCACGCUGGCCGCCUUUGCCACGGCACAGUCCAUGAACAUGUCCAUGGACCACGGUGACCACAACGCAGCCACCACACUCAUCGUGGCGACAGACGAGCCCGUAAUCCCCACCACCAUGACGACCGUGCCGCCCGCCGUCGACACCGGCGUGGCACCCAUCGUCGGCGAGGACCUGACCACGAUCACACAGAUCAAGAUCAGCACCACCAUGGCCCCCACAGCCGGUGCCGGCGGCGAGCACGACCACGGCCCCGGCAUGAUGCCCUCCAUGGACCACGGUAACGGCAGCGUCCCGACGCAGACCGCCUUGCCUGUGCCUACCGGCGGCGCCUCGAUGGCUCAUUUUUCGUCUGGUCUCAUCGCCAUCGUCGCCGCUUUUGCCUUCGCUGCUCAGUACUAGACUGUCCCAAGGCCGAAUCUUAUUUGAGAUGUGGACACCAGCAGAAGUCAACAGUACUGGCAUAGAGUUUUUACUUGGUGAUCGUUUUCCUGCUGGAUAGCGACAUAGGUGCCCUAGGGUCUAGAACUAGUUAGAAACGAGUUGCAACUUCACGCAAAUACUCAAGUCGACAGUCUAUCUUCUUCAUGGCUCAUUAAGUCUCACAGCGCAUUCGUUUCAAAUUUCCCAGUUAGACAAAGGAUAGUCUCCAUCAAGUUUAUCUUUGGGAUCUCGGCCGUCA